UCUCAAUUCCAAACACCACAUUCUCUCAAAGCAAAACGAAGUACUACUAUUAGCUUUCUUGUACUACCCAAAGAUCUCAACUUUUUCAAGAAACCAUACAAAAUGGGCAUCAGAAAAUCAAACAAGUUGCCACAGGUUAUACUUUUUAAGCAAAUUAUGAAGAGGUGUUCGAGUUUGUCUAAAAAGCAGAGUUAUGGUGAUGUACCCAAAGGUCAUUUUGCAGUUUACGUUGGAGAGAAUCGAACUCGAUACAUCGUACCCAUUUCUUUCUUGGCUCAUCCUGAGUUUCAGUGCCUCCUUCGUUGCGCUGAGGAAGAAUUUGGGUUUGAUCAUGACAUGGGCAUUACUAUUCCUUGUGAAGAAUUCAUUUUCCAAUCAAUGACUUCCAUGCUGAGAUAGUAAAGCAUUUGAAAAGAAGAAAAAGAGUGAAUAUUAGGUGUAAGAUGAAGCAAUUUAAUCUUUUUUGCUUCUCUUUUUUGUAACAUCUUUCUUGACGUUUUUUUUUUUUUUUUUGUGACCUUCCUCUAACCCUGACCUAGGAAGCACGUGGAUAUUAGUAGUGUUUUUUUUAUGGGUUGGAGUCAGAUUUGUAAACAAAUCUUGGCAAUUUUUCCUUGCAAUGGUGUUUUUAAGCACCCUGUGAGAGAAGUGAAUUGAAUGUUUCUAAAUAUAUACAAUUUGCCAUUUUGGAUACAA